UCGGAUGAGUCCGUAAUGCGCGCAACUUAAGAAACUUCCGGAGAAGUGAAAGUAAGUGUGAAGGGGUAGUUACACAAGUUCCAUUUUUCGUCUGUGUCCCAGAGUUUCUUUCUGGAGGCUUCAGUGAUAGUCCAAGCGUAUUUUUGGACAUAAAUUUGUUCAGAUAACUAAGUAUCAUGCUGUGUGAACAACUUGGGAAUUUCUUGUAGAGAUGGUCGUCGUUGGGAAUUCCCAAGCUUAUAACAAUGCUGAAAUAAAUCUCGCUAAUUCUGAAAUAAUUUUGACUCCUGGUAAUGAGUGAAUUCUGACAUUGUAUGGUUAAACGCACAAACUGGAACUCAAUACUAUUUUUCAGCAUGACGCCGUGCUGAAUUAGUGCCAGAGCUGCAUCAAUUCAAAACAAGACUUAAAUCAGCUCAUAUAUGUACAUAUAUAUAUAUAUAUAGAGGAGAAGAUUAGAUGAGAUUAUUUCUUGUUUGGUCUGAAACUUUAGGAUUGAUAAACUGUCAUUCCAUGUGGGCUUUUUUGUAGGUGGAUCUCAGGGAGUUACCCGUGUACACUCACAUUUGAACAUCGAGUUAGAUCCAUCUUUUAUGAGAAAGUCGAUGUAUGGAUGGGCGAUACUGUAUGUAUCAUCCACAUAUCUCCAUCAUAACAUAGAAGAAGGAGUAGACAUGUGAAGAAAUCUACGUUCCCAACUACAUGCCUGCUACUACUAAGGAAAUUGGUGAUAUCACUAUUACCACGCUAUUUAGUGUGUUUAUUUAAUUUUGAUACUGAAGAACAGUGUUUAAACAUUACUGAACACCAGCCUACGUAGCUCAUCAGUCCAGAUGAUGAAGCCAAUAAAAUAUGCUCGAGGGAACCUGAUUACCAAGGAGGAGAAACAAAUAAAACAGUGGACUGAUCACUUUAAAGGACUAUUGAGUCGACCAUCUCCUGCAACUGGCCCAGAAAUACAUCACAAAAAACAGCAUGAAAAGACGUCAACGGAUUUUCAGUGACACUACUGUAAUAUUUUAAUAUAAAAUUCUCCAAAUAAAAUUAACCGUGAUUUCUUUCUGAAAACUCAUUAAAUUGUAUAAGCAUACGACACAGUUCAUGCUAACUAGCAGCAUUGUUUCCGUAAUGCUUUGAAUAUGUUGGUUUCUUCGGAGAAGUAAUUAGUGAUCGCUGAAAUGCACUAAUAAUCAUAUGAUAGCCUGCGUAGGAUUCUUAAUGAGUGUGGAAUUGGGGUUGCUUUUAAACUAAUUAAAUCUGAAAGACCCGAUGCAUGCAAUGUGGAAAAAUAAUAUAUUUUACCAAUUACCUUGUAAUGACUGUGAGACGAAUUGCACAGUUAAGACUAGUAGAUCGGUGUUAAUUAUAUUAUCAGAACUUGAGAAUUUAGCUAGAGGUAGGAUGAUUGACCCUGUUAAGUCAGAUAACCCGAAAAAAAAAAUCAACCAUUGCAAUGUGUUCGCUUGCGGUAAAUGACACAAUAAAAUAGGAUAGGGUAAAGGUAUUCAAAAAUAGUAUAGUUAGGUCGAUGGAGGUGUUAAUCACUGAAUCUGUGUUCAUCGAAUCAACAGCAAACACGUGCAGUCGGACUGACGCAAUGCCUAUACCGGGUAUAUAGAAUGGUGCAAUGGAUAGCAAAGAGAAUUGAAAAAAACUUACCAGUCAAACAAUGAAGCCGUGCAAAUAAAUCGAUAAAACAAUUAGCAAUAAAUUAUACUCGAGACGUAAUCUAGUUAUCAUGGUGUGUUAUCUAAUAAGCUUGUCAAGCAUAUCGCAGCUGACUCCUAGCUUUCACAGGAGUUCAAAUAUAAGCAUUUCAAAUAUUCGUGGGGAUGUACCGGGACUGUUGCAAAAGUGAUGCAUUAGUCUUGAUUUCUGACUUUUGCAGUUCACUUAAAAUCGUUAAUUAUGCGGUUAACUCGUCAUACGGUCACUAGGUUGAAAUCUAAUUAUCCACGAGUUUAAUGUUUAACAAUGUGAUACAAUGCUACUGUUAUUGUUAUUAUUGAAUCCAGGUACGUGUCAAUAUCAUUGAGUAGCGUUGCAAUACGCUGUCAUGCCUUGAAUGUAGAAUAGAUGUAUGAAAAGCAUCUCACUUUUCAAUUAUAACAAUAUGUUCUGAAAUAGUAGAAUACGGCUCAUAGUGGUAUCUGAAGAAAACAAUCAACUGAUUUUGUAGAGCUGCAUUGAUUGAAAUGGUUAAGACAUAAUCAGCCACUCCUUCCCUUGAUAAACAGUCUCUGCAAAAACAUGACUAAGUUGACAAAGAACUAGGUGUAGUCAGACCAAAAUAACACCGAUCAAUUAAGUCUUUAACCGUUAGUUUGAGGCGUCUAGGGGCACAGCUUGCAUCGCUUAUACCCUAGGAUUGCUGCAAAUCUGUUUUUGGAUAAUUUGGGUGACAUGACUCAAAUUUGUGUGUCGUAGACGCAUUCAGUUCUUCUUGUCAUUGACUUUCGGAAAGUAUCCAUUCAGUCAUUUCCCUUCCACACUCGAUCUAUCUUAAUUUCGUCAUGCUUCUUCCCUCUCUAAUUUCAUGCUUUUACAAAAUGUAUCUACUUGGUUCUAUCUUGAUAAGACAUCUAUCCGUGAAGUUCAGUUUAUGGUGCUCCCUUGUGAAUACUGAUGGACUAGGAUCAAACAACUUACCGACAUCUGUGUGUUAACGGCUGUUCUGUUGCUACUGUAGAUCUGUUACAAAAGUUUACCUCUAACAAAUUAGUCAAACGCAACAUCUGAUUGCUUGCUAUAUGUGCAUCCUAAUAUAUGUUCCUCGCCAUCUGACAUCACUUGAACUUGAGUGUACUUUAAUUUUAACCUUAUACAUGCGGUUAACUACUUAUGUAUAAGUGCAUGCACUUAUCACUGACAAUUACUUUAUGUAGUAACAUUUUCUCUCAAUACAUUUAGAUUUUUAUUCAGUAUUUGAUUUCAGUUUAAAAAGUCUGUGUACUUGUGGUACUGUAUAAACUCAUACAAGGUUUACACUUGACAGAAAGGCAUUAAUUUUCAUAUAUAUAUAUAUAUAUAUAUAUAUAUAAGCUUCGUAUUUCUCAAACCCUUCUUAACAUGGUAAUUGUGAGGUCUCUGAAUAUACUUAUUUUCAAAAAUGCAUACUUUUCAUUCUGAAAAAUGAAAUCUUACCCUGUCGUUCUGCAUUAACUUCACAGCUAUUCUAUUCUGCUACCUAAUUUUUCUCUUUUGUAUUUUCUUUCCUUCCCCUGGUCAUAUUCUUGAUAUUAUGUUUUACAAUACAAGCAUGAGUAAUGAUGUACGAUAUUCAGGCGGUGCUGUUUGUAACAAUUCGGAUGAUGAAGUCGACUAUAUGUCUGAUGCCAUCCUGAAAGAAAUAGAAGAUGUAAAACCUGGACUAAUCGUAUCACGGGAUACACAGAGGCAGCGUUUAGUAGAACAAAAUCGACGUAAAAAUAAAUGUCUUUCAAAGUCAGAAAGAGAACUCCACCAUCUCAAAGAAGGUCUGAGAAAACAAGUUGGACCAGAAAAUAAAGGAUUUAAUUUGCUUUCAAAAAUGGGCUACGUUCCGGGAAAAGGCUUGGGUAAAAAUGCCACUGGUAGAGCUGAUCCUGUUCCUAUUGAAAUUCCUCAGGGUCGUGAGGGUCUUGGCUUUGCUACUGAAAAAAAUGAGCGUUUGCUGUAUAGGGAGACUCUGAGACAACAAAUGCAGAUUGCAUGCAAAAAUGAAUUUCGCGAUAUUAUGGCCGUUAGAUUUCGACAGAAUCGUCUAAACCGCCAAUUUCAUGCCGCUCGUCGAAUAUGUCGGGAUUUAGACUUGAAGGAGUCUAUUACAACUCCAGUUGAUGAGUCGUUUUGGCCACCUCCUGACCCUGUUGCAGAAGAAGUCACUGACUGUACCAAACGCAGAAUGGGGAAUAGUACACACAACCAUAUAUCUUCAAAAGACUUGCUUCCUACACCUAAUUUAAAUCUUGAAGAGGAUGACAUUGGUGAAGACCUUCAAGAUAAUGAUUUAGCUAAGCUUGACCCAACGCAUGCAAAGUGUGACUAUGCAUUAAUUCAACGAAACUUCCUGCAACUUUUGAGUUAUCUGCGAGGUCAACAUAACUAUUGUUUUUGGUGCAGCUUGCAGUACGAAAAUCAAUCCGAACUCCUAAAUCAGUGUCCUGGAGAGACUGAAGACGAACAUGAAUAA